GCUGGUGGGCAUGAUGGUGGUGGACAAAUCAGGGAGGAGGAAAAUAUCCUUGAUUUCAAACAUUGGCAUGCUGAAAGCCUUCUCUAUGUGGACGGUCGCGAUCGCUCUUUUUAGUCAGUCCGGGAAUGUGGUAGAUGCGAAAGCUAUCACGCCUCUCAUUUUUAUCUACUAUCUAUUCUACGACUUUCCGUAUACGUCGAUGCUUGUGAUGUAUACGCUCGAAAUUUUGCCUUAUAUCAUUUGUGCCAAAUGGUUUGCAAUUAUGAUCGGCCUCUUUCGCUCUGUCUUCGAAUGCUGCCUGACGUCACGUACAGAAUAUGGCUCUCUGUUCGAUCAUCGCUUUUAACUCGUUCCUCAAUCCUGUGGCACUGAACACCAUAGGACGGACAUAUUACCUCUUUUACUGUGGAUGACUUAUCUUGGAACUCCUGUUCGUGAUGGU